AUGGCCUGGGUUGGUAGUGGGAUUGUCUUUGUCGGUCUCAUCUUCGGUGCCUUCUUCAUCUACGACGCUUCCACCUAUAACGAGCACGCCGUUGCUGCCGAGUGCGAUGUUUCGCAACUCGCACUAAGUCCUCGGCGGGGCGGCCCCAAGAACCUCCCCAUUGCAGAUGUCCUCAUAGACGACGAGGACACCGAGGAGCAUAAGAAGAGGAAGGACAAGCCAAAGCUGGUGAUCCUCGGUGGUGGCUGGGGCGGUGUGGCCCUGCUGAAGGAGCUCAACCCGGAGGACUACCACGUUACCGUCAUCUCGCCCGCCAAUUACUUCCUGUUCACGCCAAUGCUGCCGUCGGCGACUGUCGGGACACUCGAGAUGAAGUCUCUUGUCGAGCCGAUAAGGAGGAUACUGGCAAGGGUGAAGGGCCACUUCAUCCGUGCCAAGGCCGAAGACGUCGACUUCUCAAGCAGGCUUGUGGAGGUCUCGCAGCUCGACGCCCAAGGCAAGACUGUCAGGUUCUACGUUCCAUAUGACAAAUUGGUUAUUGCUGUAGGGUCGCAGACAAAUCCCCACGGCGUCAAGGGGCUGGACAACUGCCACUUCCUCAAGGAUAUAAGAGAUGCUCGAGUGAUCAGAAACCAGGUCAUACAGAAUCUUGAAUUGGCCUGCCUCCCAACCACCCCAGACGAGGAGCGGAGACGCCUCCUCUCAUUCGUGGUCAGCGGCGGUGGUCCGACAGGCGUGGAAUUCGCAGCUGAGCUGUAUGAUCUGCUUAACGAGGAUCUGACCAAGCAUUUCCCGAAGCUACUGCGCAACGAAAUUUCGGUACACCUGAUCCAGAGCCGUGGGCACAUCCUCAACACCUACGAUGAGGCCGUGUCCAAAUACGCUGAAGAGCGCUUCAAACGAGACGGGAUCAAGGUCCUCACCAACUCCAGAGUGUCCGAGGUGAAGAAGGACAGCAUCGUUUUCACACAGAAAGGCGAGGAUGGCAAGACAGUCACCAAGGAGCUACCAAUGGGCUUCUGCCUGUGGUCCACGGGUGUCUCCCAGACAGACUUCAGCCAGACCCUGGCGAAGAAGCUCGGCAACUACCAGACCAACCGGCACGCACUCGAGACUGACACGCACCUGCGCCUGAACGGCGCGCCCCUGGGCGACGUCUACGCCAUCGGUGACUGCUCGACGGUGCAGAAUAAUGUGGCCGACAACAUCGUAACUUUCCUGCGCGGGAUGGCCUGGAAGCACGGAAAGGACCCGGAGAGCCUGGACCUGCACUUCACCGAGUGGCGCAAGGUGGCGGCCGAGGUGAAGCGCAAGUUCCCCCAGGCCGUCGGCCAUCUGAAGCGGCUGGACCGCCUAUUCGCCGAGUUCGACAAGGACCAGAGCGGCACUCUCGAUUUUGGCGAGCUGAGGGAGCUGCUCAAGCAGAUCGACAGCAAGCUCACCUCGCUGCCCGCGACCGCCCAGCGCGCCAACCAGCAGGGACAGUACCUCGCCUACAAGUUCAACAAGAUGGCCCACGCCGCACCCGGGCUAAGAGCGAACGACAUUCGUGACGGCGACCUCGACGACGCCGUCUACAAGGCCUUCGAGUACCACCACCUCGGCAGCCUCGCCUAUAUCGGCAACUCGGCGGUCUUCGACCUCGGUGGCGGGUGGAACCUGAGCGGCGGGCUGUGGGCCGUGUACACCUGGCGCGGCGCCUAUUUUGCGCAGUCCGUGAGUUUCAGGACGAGGAUGCUCAUGAUGAUGGACUGGACCAAGCGUGGUCUGUUCGGACGAGAUCUUAUGAGCUACUAG